GUCGCGUGAACACACGCCAAGAGACGAGGGAAGAAACCGGCACGACUGUCCAAAAGGAGAAUAUUCUCGCGUCCUUACAGUCUAACAUCACCAGCGUUACUGUCGGAAGUCUUUCUGUUCAGCCUGCCGGGUUUGAAAUGUUACAGUUUAGGUUUUCGAGGGCGUUAAAGGAGUUUUGCAAACCCAAUCUAAAGCGCCUUUGGAAAACUAGUAGAGAUAACACAGCCGCCGCCGCCGGAGGAUGCGCUUCUUCGUUCAGACGAUCCCUGUGCACGCAGACAGAUGCGGCCAACGAGAAGAGAAGGAAGGCAGGCAUUUUGCCCAGCCUGGAAGAUCUGCUGUUUUACACCAUUGCCGAAGGCCAGGAGAAAAUUCCAGCUCACAAAUUCACCACGGCGCUGAAAUCCACAGGUCUGCGUACUGGAGACCCUCGUCUUAAGGAGUGUAUGGAGAUGUUAAAGGUCACCCUGAAGACCACAUCGGACGGCGCGCUCGAUCGACAUCUCUUCAAAAAGUGUGUGCAAAGCAACAUUGUGUUGCUAACGCAGGCUUUCCGGAAAAAGUUCGUCAUUCCUGACUUCCAGUCGUUUACCUCUCACGUCGAUCAAAUUUACGAGAGCGCUAAAUCACUGUCAGGUGGCCAGGUGGCAGAUUACAUUCCUCAGUUAGCGAAAUUUAGCCCAAAUCUCUGGGCCGUGGCCCUGUGCACCGUAGAUGGCCAACGGUACACUGCGGGUGACACGAAAGUCCCGUUUUGUCUGCAGUCGUGCGUGAAACCGUUAAAGUACGCAGUAGCCGUUCACGAUCACGGCACCGAAUACGUGCACCGCUUUAUAGGAAAGGAGCCCAGCGGCCUUCGUUUCAACAAACUCUUUCUUGACGAAGAUGAUAAACCUCACAAUCCCAUGGUAAACGCCGGCGCCAUAGUUUGCACCUCCCUCCUCAAGCAAGGUGUAAGCAACGCUGAGAAGUUUGACUAUGUGAUGAACUUUAUGAAGAAGUUGGCAGGAAAUGAAUACGUCGGUUUCAGCAAUGCUACGUUUCAGUCCGAGCGACUGUCAGGUGACAGAAACUUUGCCAUUGGUUACUACUUAAAGGAAAAGAAGUGUUUCCCAGAAGGUACAGAUAUGAUCUCCAUCCUGGACCUUUACUUCCAGCUGUGCUCCAUCGAGGUAACCUGCGAAAGCGCCAGUGUGAUGGCCGCCACCCUGGCGAACGGCGGCUUCUGUCCGAUCACGGGCGAGCGCGUGCUGAACCCCGAGGCCGUGCGGAACACUCUGAGCCUCAUGCACUCCUGCGGCAUGUACGACUUCUCCGGACAGUUUGCUUUCCAUGUCGGUCUCCCGGCUAAAUCGGGGGUCUCUGGAGGCAUCCUGCUGGUGGUGCCUAAUGUGAUGGGCAUCAUGUGUUGGUCUCCUCCUCUUGACAAACUGGGCAACAGUGUUCGAGGAAUCCAGUUUUGCACGGAUCUGGUCCAGCUCUUUAAUUUCCACAACUAUGAUAAUUUACGCCACUUUGCCAAGAAACUGGAUCCACGCCGAGAGGGCGGAGACCAGCGGGUCAAGUCGGUCAUAAACCUGCUGUUUGCGGCCUACACGGGAGACGUGUCUGCUCUGAGAAGGUUCGCGCUCUCAUCGAUGGAUAUGGAGCAGAGAGAUUACGACUCUCGGACGGCUCUUCAUGUAGCUGCUGCCGAAGGUCACGCUGAGGUUGUUCGUUUUCUUCUAGAAGCUUGUAAGGUGAACCCGGUGCCCAGAGACAGGUGGGGUAACACUCCCAUGGACGAGGCCAUUCAUUUUGGCCAUCACGAUGUCGUAACAAUCCUGCAGGACUAUCACAACACCUACAGCCCCAAGGAGACCACCGCCGACAGCGACAAGGAGACGGUCGAGAAGAACCUGGACGGGAUGCUGUAGAGAUGAUAAAACGCUCCACAUGUUUCCCAGUGAGUGUCUGAGGUAUUCUUUUGAGAAGAAAGCAUACAAAACAAAACAAAAAAAACAGCCUUUGGGCCCCUUUCCCCUGUUUUGUGACGUUCGUGUGUGUGUGUGUGUGUGUGUGUGUGUGUGUGUGACCUCCAUUAACAUGGUAAAUUUGUUUUAUCUUACACUUGGGGGAAUGUAGCCUCAUAAAGGUCUUAUUUAGCUGUAUCUCCACAUAAACGUACGAUACAAAUUUAAUAUACUCAAUACAAGUAAAUCUAUUAAAAGGUGUAUAUAUAUAGUUCAUGUACAUUCAUUUAUGGUUUGAGAACCUUCAUAGAUAAUGAUGUCAAAUAGAUAUUUAAGAAAAGGCAGCUUGACUAGAGAAGGUAGCAUUGGGAGGGAUUUGAUUUGUUUCCAUGAUUUGAUCCCUUUUCUUCUCCCUAUAGUUUGUUAUAAAUCAACAUGAAAAACAGUUGUAGUUCCAUAUGCCUUUUAUUUGCGUAUCAUGUUGUGAAUAUGUUCCAAAUUACGCUGUUUUUGAUUGUUUAAAAAAUGCACUUUUUUUAUUUAUUUAUUUUUUAUUUGUAUUAUAUUUAUUUAUUUGUCUUUCAACAUCUUUUUUUAUUUUAAAUCAAGGUAACACUUUACAUUUAAGUUUCACAAUUAUAGUUAACAUUAGUUAAUUUAGGUACCGUACUAAUAAUUAACUAUUGAUUUAUUCAGGCAAAAAUAAAAAAAAAAAUACUGUUGUUCAAAAUAGUAUUAUAAAAGUAUUGUAAUUGAUCGUUACUUCGUGAUGCGCAUCUCCUAAUGUUAACUACGUGAAACUUAUUGUGAAGUGUUACCGAAUUGCUUUGACGCACUAGAAGCAACUUUUUUUCCGUACCAGCCUGUUCGGUGAACUACAGGAAUUUCCUGUAUUUGAUAUGUGCUUGAUGUCAAUGAAUGAAAAUAUUAAAAUUGUCACCAGAAACACUUAGACACUAGAAAAAGACACUGUAAUUAAAAAAAAAAACCUGUAAGUUCAUUAUGCUACAAGAAUUUCCUGUAUUUGAUAUCUAUCGAAUUUAGUUACAUUUAAUAUAUAUGCCAUCAAAAUGACUUUAAAACUCCAGAAGGCCGGUUUCACACCUUCCUGUUCAAUGCACUACAGGGAUUUCCUGUAUUUAAUAGCCAUCUACCUGACUGAUGCAAACGAAUUGAAAAUUGUCAAGUGUUACUUUACGAUUAUUGUUAAAGCGCCAAGAGAAAAAAGCUAAUUAUACCUGCCUGUUCAUUGUACUACAGGAAUGAUUUGUAUUUGAUACCUGUAUAUGUCAUGUUAACCAAAAUUAAUUGUAAUCACGUUAAAGCAUUCUUUUCUUACUUGGCCGUUCAUUGUACUACAAGAACGACCUGUAUUCAGUACUUGUGUUUUACACUUUAACAUUAGUGAAGGGUCACCAUAAUUACUUUAAAGCCCUAGAAGGACCAUUUUUGUGAAAGGACCAGACUUUCUCUGUACUACAAUAAUUCCCUGUAUUUCUGUUCAACCACUUAACUAGUUGAAAACGUUUGUCACGAAGUACUAGGACAAUUUUUCCACCUUCCUGUUCUUUCUACUACCUGAAUUUCCUGUAUUUCUUAUUUAAAUUUCGGUUUAUUAACAUUAGUGAAGUGAAAUUCCUACCUACAGGAAUUUCAUGUAUUUGAUAGCUAGCUGCUAAACUAAAGUUAACGUUAACUAAUUGUAAAGUGUUGCCAAAUGACUUUUUUUUUUUUUUUUUUUACUGUAUACCAUAUCUGCUCACUCAACUAAUGUUAACAAAGUUAUUGUAAAGAAUCACCAAAACCACUUUAAAGCACUAGGAGCAUUUUCACCUGAACAUUAAAUUACAGGAAUUCCCCGUAUUUGAUACUUAUCUAAUGAUAACGAAAAUAAACGUUUUGGAAAUUCACAAAAAUUCCUAAAAAAAAAAAAGACCAUGUCCUAUGUUCUUUUCCUACCUUUCCUGUAUUUCAUACCAAUAUAAUUGAAAGUAGGUGUCCAUUUAUUAACAUUAGUUUGGCAUUAUGACAUUGAUUUAAAACAUUAGAAGGACCAUUUUCUUACCCGCCCAUCAAUGUACUACAGGAAUUUCCUGUAUUUAUCUAUCAAACUAAUGUUAACAAAUCAAAAUUAAUUGCAAAUUGUUACCAAAUUAGUUCUCACACCUGAUGCUUCAUUGUACUGCAGGAACUUCCUGUAUUUUUGAACAGCGAUGUGUUUUUUUUUUUUUUUUUUUUAAGCAUGAUUUAAAUCUUACGGCAGUUGUUUAAUGAAUAAUUAUGUGGAAAACGAACACAAGUAGCAUCCAAACUGGACUGCAGUGUCGCCUUUUGAAUAUCCUGCAAGAUAUUCAAAUGCAGGAUGUGAAAACUGAUUUGUCCCGUAGCUUUUAGAUUAGCAUUCGUGUAUGAAAAAGAACCAAGCAAAAAAAUAAUAAUAAUUCUGUUUUAUUGUCGGUACAUGGUAAAAUGACAAGUAAAAUUCGAAAUUAAACAGACAAAAAUGCACUGGAAUUGCUCGCAACGCAGUCGAACUUGUCCCGUCAGUUGGGUCCUUCGGUGAAAUUACUUUAUGAACGGUUAGUUUUAUGUCUGUAAACACGUAUCCAGAAAAGCACACUGAUUGUUCUAAUGUACAGUACGGACGACAGAGAGGCGCGCGUAUACUUGAAAAACCUCCAAAGUUGAUCUAAACUAUGUGAAUAUUUUCUAGUGGGACACUAUGGUUGAAGUAUUGUAAAUGUGUUUUGUAAUGAGUGUGUGUGAGUGUGGAAAAUUUGUUAUAUAUAGGAAAAAAACCAAAAAAUCGAAGCAACUCAACAAAGAGACUCGACGAUACAAACAAAAGUAGGUCACUGAUCGUAUUCAACUUUGUACGUUUCUUUGUCGCGUUUUAGUCCAUUUUUGUCGCAUUGUGUAAUUUCUUGUUUUUGCGGAGAAAGGAGUUACGAGUUUUUUCUGCAUUUGUUUAUUACUGCUAUGAAUGUAUCGCAUUGUCGUCCUUGUUGUGAUAUUUCCUUUCGAUUUGCUUUUAUUUAACUAUGCUAUACUGUGGAUGUUCUAGAUUUGUUUGCAUUUAAUGUCAAAGAAAAUGAUCGAUAUAUUCCACACAAGAAAUGCUAGAUAAAAACAAUAAAGGCUUUGAACAUA